CACAAGAAAAAGAUUCAAAUGACUGCUUCGAAGGCACUGGCGAUUCCAAUACUCUAUACCCAUUAAUAUCGACACAAAGAGGAAAACAACAUGGUACGCAUGACGGGCAUGAUUCGAGUGACAUUGUUGAGAAAUUAUCUCGUUCAAGAACCAUUCGAUACUUAAGUAAUGGUGACAUAGCCUCAAUUUCCCUGUCUAGUCUGCAAGAGAGGGUAGAACAAGACAACGCCACAAUGGAUGAAGAAUCCCUCGAUUCAGAAGGUCCCGUAGCGAGAUGUAAACAUAGGAUAGAUUGUUCAUUGAUGAAAAAUAAACUUUUCAUUCUAUUUCUGGCCAUUUAUUGCCUGGGAAAUGUCCCAAUCAUGUGUGCUCACAUCUACAUCCCAACGUAUGCAAGAGAUAUUGACAUUGAUGACCAAAGAAUCGCCAUCAUCGUUUCUAUAACAAGUAUUACAGACUUUGUAGGACGAAUCCUAGCUGGGCUCCUAGCAGACCAAUCUUCCAUUCGUUCACACUGGGUAGUUAUAAUCUCACAGGUUGUGGUUGGAGUUGUCCUACAGUUCACGAAGUAUUACUCCUCGUUUUGGCGCCUGGUUGUGUUUGUCGCCAUAUUUGGUUCUACAGCUGGCAUGAUAGCGGCGUUGUUUCCGCCAAUGAUGAUUGAGAUUGUCGGCAUGAAGCGUUACCGUGGUGCCAUGGCGGUAUUCAUCAUAUGUGUGUGUCUGUUUAAUGGUCUGGCUCUACCCGUCUUAGGGUAUUUUCGUGACGUCACCAACACGUUUCAUUUCACUUUCCAUGUCAUGGGAGCUUCGUCAUUCGCAGCGGUUGUUCUUCUCAUUAUAUUCGACGUCGUAAUGAGAAAACAGGACCGUAAGAAGGAAAAAUACACGGAGAAAGACUGAAGACGUCAUCAAUCUGCUAUGUAACUGGUCACUACACUUAACUAAACUCAUUUUUAUUUAUUCGUUUUUUAAUUUUUUUUAUUUUUGAUAAUAGUGUUGUUCUUUCCGAAAGUCAACGCUUUUACUUAAAAUGCACAUAUAUUUACACUUCUUUCAUGCAAAUCUACAGUUAAAUAAACAAAACACGAUACAAAGAGUAAUAAGAGAGGUACAAACGAAAUUGGAGACGACUGGUUUCUUGCUUGUUUGUUUAAUGCAAUAAACAUGGUUUCAUCAUGUGAGAUCUUUGUCAUUUUUAGCACGUUCUUUUUCAGAACAGGAUAUGAAAUUGAUAUAAUUGUUUUCAAGUGAUCAGACAG